AUGGAUUAUUUGUGGUGAUAAAAGCUGGUAUUUAACUCGAGGCGUGUGAUAUUUUCAAGGCCGGCGAGUGUUUCGCGGGAAAAAAGCACUGCGCGGAAGGAUACAGCGGAGGAGCUGUGCGGUGUGUGUGUGUGCUGCGGUGGUUUUUAUUGCAGCCGGCGGAGCUCUCAGCUGUGAUUCUCACGCUGCUGAUGACAGACUGUACGUCGUUCACCGGGUCUGCUGGUGCAAAUACUCCAUGCAUGCUUCUUCACAGCCGCCACUGAAACCAUCACUGGAAGGAUUUAAUGUUACUGUCGUGUUGGAAUAACUUUCCUGCCCUUUUUUGUGCGCCUUUUGGGUCGAUUUCGCCCCAAAUUCGUCCGCCGACACGUUCAAAUCUACAAGCUUCACAAUAAGGAGACACAAAAUGCCUCUGAGUUCAAGUUUGUCGAGUAAAAACUACGACUACGACUACGACUCCCUGCAGCCUUACUUCUACUAUGACAACGAGGAGGAGGAUUUCUACCCGCAGCAGCUGCAGCCUCCGGCUCCCAGUGAAGACAUCUGGAAGAAGUUCGAGCUGCUGCCGACUCCACCUCUCUCUCCGAGCCGCCGGCCGAGCCUCUCCAGCCUCUUCCCGUCCACGGCGGACCAGCUGGAGAUGGUGACCGAGUUCCUGGGCGACGACGCGGUCAACCAGAGCAUCAUCUGCGACGCGGACUACUCGCAGACCUUCCUCAAGUCCAUAAUCAUCCAGGACUGCAUGUGGAGCGGCUUCUCUGCUGCGGCCAAGCUGGAGAAGGUGGUGUCCGAGCGGCUCGCCACGCUGCACGCAGCCAGGAAGGAGUCGUCGUCUGCCGCUGCGUGUGCGGCGUCUGCAGCGGUGGUGGCUGCGGAGUGCGAGUCGGAGCAUGCAGGUGCAGCCGCCUGGAGGCUGAACAGCAGCUACCUGCAGGACCUGAACACAUCCGCAGCGGAGUGCAUUGAUCCGUCUGUGGUUUUCCCCUACCCCAUAGCAGCAGAGACGCCCAAGCAGAGCGCAGGGACGCCAAAUAGUAAGGAUUUGGGGCUGGACACGCCACCAAACAGUGGGAGCAGCAGCAGCAGCUGUAGUGACUCAGAAGAUGAUGAUGAGGAGGAAGAGGAGGAGGAGGACCAGGAAGAAGAAGAAGAAGAGGAGGAGGAGAUCGAUGUGGUGACAGUGGAGAAGAGGCAGGCGGUGAAGCGGUGCGACCCCAGCCCGGCAGAGACCAGCAGGCAUCCCAGCCCGCUCGUGCUGAAGAGGUGCCACGUCUCCACCCACCAGCACAAUUACGCCGCCCAUCCAUCCAUGAGGCACGAGCAGCCGGCUGUCAAGAGGCUGAAGCUGGAGAGCAGCACUAGUGGAGGAGGAGGAGGCAGCGGAGGAGGAGGAGGAGGAGGAGGAGGAGGAGGUGGCGGCCACAGCAGGGUCCUCAAACAGAUCAGCAGCAACCGCAAGUGCUCGAGCCCGCGGACGUCUGACACGGAGGACUACGACAAGAGAAGGACUCAUAACGUACUGGAGCGCCAGAGGAGGAACGAGCUCAAGUUGAGCUUCUUCGCCCUGCGGGACGAGAUCCCCGAGGUGGCCAACAACGAGAAGGCGGCCAAAGUGGUGAUCCUGAAGAAGGCCACAGAGUGCAUUUACAGCAUGCAGACAGACGAACAGAGACUCCUCUCACUCAAAGAACAGCUGAGGAGGAGAAGUGAACUUUUAAAGCAGAGACUGGCACAGCUGCAGAGCCCUCGUGCUUAAAGUUUGAUAAGACUUUUUUGGCCUUUUGUUUUUUAUGCAAGUUCAAGACUUAGGGUGUACAGUUGUUGUUGCAUGCAAAUGCAAAAGCGGAUUAAGUUGUUUGGAAUCUUGUUUGAUUUCAAUGUUGAAACUGCCUCAAUUGAAGUUAUGGGUGGAUUAAAUAUUUAAAAGUUUAUUUUUAUUAAUAAAAUAUAAAAAAAAAAAAUGGGGCUACCCGUGUUGAGGGCCCAAACUAAAAUAUAAAUUUUUAUGUUUUGUAUAUAAUUAAUAUUUCCUAAGAAAAUGUAUUUUUGGAUCUCAAUUGUCUGGAUGUUCAGACCCAGUGUUUGGUUUUUUCCAUUAUGUUCCUAGAUUCUUUUUGAAAUAUAAAAAAAAUGUUUCUUCUUGAA